AGAGAGAGCGAGAGAGAUGACAUUAGCAGCUAAUAUCACCCAUUUAAAUGGUUUAUGGUGUCAAAGGAGUCUAAGGAGACUAAAGUAAUUUAAAUACUCUGACUCAUGUACUGGGCACACGCGUCUUUAAAAAACACUGGAAAUGUCCACGCCUGCGCUUACUUCGCUGCAUCGAGCGCUGAGGAAAAGCUUCCAGGCUCUUGAGAACAACCAGAAAGUAUGGAGGAGUGUGUCGGCCGAUUGCAGCCCUCUGCUCGUGUCUCUGGGGAACCUGGCGGAGCAGUCGCGAGCGCUGUCCAACGUCCACAUCUCCAACACGCCGCUGCGAGACUUCCCCGACCUGGAGGAACGGCUGCGUUUCAAGCUGUCUCACGCCACGGACACGGUGCUGGGCAAACUCCACGAGAAGAUGUCUUCUCUGCAGUCCGUGAGAGAUUCCAUCAGUAACCAGGUGUCUGCCGUCUUCCAGCUUUACGAGCAGAACACAGACAGUUUGGAUCUGCUCACCGUCAUCGAGCGCUCGGCCGCCGCGCCGUCGGUGUCCGACAUGCUGGAGUGGCUGCAGGAUGCAGAGCGCCACUACCGGCAACAAUUCCUACAGAGGAAGACUCUGCUGCUCACUCUGAGGCCAGAUGAUCUCUCCUGUUUAGAAUCUGCUCCCGAAAGAUGGAAAUCCUUGGAGUGUCCCAGUGCAGAGGACCGCAUCACAGACACACUUCACAACGUGUCCUUCUUUACCGAGACCCAGUGAAGAGGACCAGCGACGCAGGUGGAACUCUGGGACUUAGUGUUUUUAUGCAGGAUUACGACGACAUAUCUCCCCCAAGGACCGGACAAUUUUAUAUAUAUUUCAAAUAAACAUCCUUGGAUAGGAGGUGUGUGUGCAUGCACCAGACUUUAUACGUGAGGGAAUUACAACAUCCACAAAAUCUA